AACAUUUUUACCUUCAUGCUUUUUAAUUUUCAAGGAUACUUGAUCGCAAACGACCAAUCUAAACACGAAGUUUCUUUAAAUGCAUCCCCACUAGGUUUAACAAUAAAAGUAAAAUUUAAAUCUACCGAAAUAGAUGACAAGUACAGAUUCUUAAAUAGCUUUCAUACCAAGAGGGACUAUCGAUAGUGUAUUAACAUGGUUUCGUUCAAUAAAUGAAGGUAUUUUUGAGUAUGUAUACUAAGUAAAUAAAACUGGUACAAUGGAUUUAGAAAGCAUAGACCGUAACAUUAAGGUUACUAUAGACAUAGAGUUACAGAAUUUAUAGAAUUUAGAACGUCUACUUCGUGGUAAAGUACUUUUCAAAAGAAGACCUUGUUUUAAAAGAAUUAAUGGUAUAGCCAAUAAUAUUUGUAUCAGAUUAUUAUCAAGCUAGUUUUAUUAUAAAUAGAAGGAACCAAUAACUUGAUGGUAGAAAAGAUGGCAUACUUUCCACAUGUUUGUUACGAUACUUCAAAUUUAACUCGUUUUGUAUUAAAAAAAUUGAUUAUAACAAGGAAUAAAUAAAGUAGGAGUAAAUGAUUCUUAACAACUUAAGGGAUCAUCCUCAUCCAAAUAUAAUCUAAUUGGAGGAAAUUUCUUGUGAUGAUCAUUCUUUGUCUAUAUUACUUGAAUUUUGCCCUGGAGGUGACUUACUUAAGUUUUUGAACCAAAAUAACAACGAUAUCAACCAUUAACUAGUGAUGAAAAAAUUAUUAAACGGUAUAUAAAAUAAAUAUUUAUUAAGUUGUUUAACACCUUCAUUCUUUGGAUAUACUUCACAGAGAUAUAAAACUUUAAAAUGUAUUACUUAGAAUACCUAACGAUGUCAGCAGUCUCGUAUUGGCAGAUUUUGGAUUAGCAUGUCACAAAUCAUAAAUUCCUUAUUAUAAUACAAGGUAUUAACAUAUUUAUUCUUAGAUGUGGUACACCAGGUUACACAGCUCCUGAAGUAUUCACACAAUCCAUAUAUGAUGCCAAGGCUGACAUAUUUAGUUGUGGCGUAAUGUUUUUUAAUUUGUAAUUCUUAAUGUGAAUUUUCAGAUUAACAUUAAAAAAUCCUUUUGGAUCCUCCAGAAUUCCUUAAACUUUGCUUUUGAAAAAUAUAGCUGUUGAUUAUGACUUGACUCAUUUGGAUAUCAUCAAAACUAAAAAUCCUUAUGCAUGUGAUUUAGUUCUUUAAAUGCUAUAAAAAGAUCCAAAAUUGAGACCUUCAGCUACCUAAUGUCUUUAACAUCCUUUCUUUUAAAUAUUAGUUGAAUAAAAGGAGGAUUCAACUUUAGACAACAUUCAGUAAGUUUUAAGGAUUUCAUGAUAGAUUCAAUAAUCCUAUUCAUUAAGCUGUGAAAGUAAAUUAAACUAAGCCUCGCCAAAUGCCUUAGUUUAAAUGAUUACUUCUCAAAAUAUCGAU